GGGACAUUGUUCGUCUGUAUCAUCCCCUCUUUCCAUUCUCAUUCACACAGCCAUGUCUGCCUUUAAGCUGCCCCCUGUGUCCGACUCACAGAACGGAUGGGGCCCUGUUGGUCUUAGUUCCCAGUUCCGUGACAUUCCAUAUGCUCCAUACUCCAAGGCUGACAAACUUGGCCGCAUUGCCGACUGGUCUGCCGCCGAGGGCACCCAGGGCAAGGACGGCCGUGGGGCUGGUGGCGAUCAACGUGGAGGUCGCUCAGGUUUCCGCAACUUUAGAGAUAACUAUGUCCCAUUCGGAAGCAAUGCCGCCAAUGCCUUCAACUACCAGCACACCGAGGAUGAGGCAUCUUUCUCGGUUGUAGACAAUCGCUCAACUGCCCAAAAGAAAACAACUGGCUUCAAAUCCUCCUCUGGCCAACGUGGAGGCCGUGGUGGAUUCCGCCAGCAAGGCCAGCAGCGCACCCAGUUCCAACGUUUGGGUGCGAACCGUGGAGGCUUCGGAGGCGCCCGUCAGCAGCAGGGUGGGCAGCGUGGUGGUCGUCGCGGCUACAGCAACUGGAGGGACUUUGACCGUAACCAACGUGUCCGAGAUGCCUCUGUCAAGGUUGGCUCUGACUGGUCUAUGCUCGAGGAGAUUGAGUUCUCUCGUCUCAAUAAACUUCAGUUUGAGGUCGAAGAGCCUGAAGAUAUUGCGCUCUACGGUGCUGUUGGAACCUACGACAAGGCUUAUGAUCGCGUCAACACCAAGCAGGAAAAGAUUCUUCAACAAGUGGAUCGUGAGCGCGACAAUGUUACCACCUCAGAGGAUCCUAUUCUCAGCAACUUGGCAUCUGAGCCUCUUGCCGAAGGAGAGCAGCGUGUUUUCGCUACCGAUACCAUUAUUGGCGUUUUGAUGACUGCACCUCGUUCAGUUUAUCCAUGGGAUAUUGUCAUCACAAAAACCGACAAUAAGGUUAUUUUUGAUACUCGUGAAGGCAGUCAACUCGACUAUGUCUCUGUAAAUGAGAACUCAACUGACCCACCCAUGGACACUGGUGACAAGGAUAACAUCAACUCACCCAGCGCUCUUUCCUUGGAGGCCACCUAUAUCAACACCAAUUUUGCAGCACAGGUUGCUAGCUCAGAGCAGGUUGUCGAAUUGGAAAAUGCCAAUCCAUUCUAUAACCCUGAUGAAGAGAAUGUUCCUUUGGUUGGAUACCGCUACCGCAAGUUUGACCUUUCGACGACCGAGGAGGAGAAUAUCACGCUUCUUGUUCGUACUGAGGUAGACGCGGUCGUCAAGUCACCCCAGGGUGAAGACACAUAUAUCACUGUCAAGGCAUUGAACGAAUUUGACUCACGUGCUCAAGGUGCAGGUGGAGCAAUGGAGUGGAGACAAAAAUUGGACUCUCAACGUGGUGCUGUUGUUGCAACAGAGAUGAAGAACAACAGCUGCAAGCUUUCUCGUUGGAUUGUUCAGACCAUGCUUGCCGGUGCUGAUCACUUGAAGUUGGGAUUUGUUUCCCGUACAAACCCCAAGGACGCUUCUCGUCAUGCCAUUCUUGGAACUCAGAUUUGUCGUCCAAAGGAAUUUGCAACACAAAUGAGUCUUCAGAUCACGAACGGAUGGGGUAUUGUCAAGACUGUUGUUGACCUUGCUCUGAAAUUGCCAGAUGGCAAGUAUGUGUUGGUCAAGGACCCUAACAAGCCCGUCAUUCGUCUUUACUCCGUUCCCAAGAGUAGUUUUGAGGAAGCUGAGGAAGAGACUGAAGGAGCUGAGCCUGAAGCUGCUUAAAUUUAAGUUGAGAUAUCGAUAUUGGUGAAGAGAAGUU